ACUCCUCAGACGCGCGCAGAGAGGCGCGCGUGGCGGACGCGUGGUCCUAACGUCUCCCGUCUCCACUCUUUCUUUGGCUAUUAUCGUUUUGUUCGAGAUUAAAACAAAAAAAAACGUUUAAAUUACAACCGCAUCAUUUCAUCUAGACGUCAACGCAUUUGCAACGACAUGGCACAGCGGGAUACCUUUAACCACCUGUUCGCGGGCGGGUGUGGCGGCACGGUGGGUGCCAUCCUGACGUGCCCGCUUGAGGUGGUGAAGACGAGGCUGCAGUCGUCGGGCGUUAUGUCACUAUCGACCGUGUCCGGGACAGCGAGCCGCGUGUACAGCUCGCACGUCUUACUGCACGAGCUCGGCCUGUCCACGGUCUCCUCGGUGAACCCUGCCGCCUUCGCCCGAGCAGCGCCUUCCACGCCUCCCAGCCCACUACUCUGUCUCAAAACCAUCUUUGAGAAUGAGGGCCCUCGCUCUUUAUUCCGGGGUCUGGGCCCAAACCUGGUCGGUGUGGCUCCUUCCAGGGCUAUUUACUUCGCAGCCUAUUCUGGAGCCAAGGAAAAGCUGAACACCGUGUUUGUGGCGGAAUCAACAGCAGUGCACAUAUGCUCAGCUGCGUUUGCUGGUUUCUCUGCCAUCACGGCCACCAACCCCAUCUGGCUGGUCAAGACGCGCAUGCAGCUCAAUGCUCGGCAGCGCGGCGACCGCGCCAUGAGCGCCCUGCAGUGCGUGCGCUACGUGUACGAGCGCGAAGGCCCCCGCGGCUUCUACCGCGGCAUGUCGGCGUCUUACGCGGGCAUCUCGGAGACCAUCAUCCACUUUGUCAUCUACGAGAGCCUGAAGCGCGAGGUCCUGAGGCGUCGCGCGCGGCCCCUGGGCUCGGGCGACGGCGGCAGCGAGCUCCAGGACGGGGCCUCCUCGUCGGAGAAGGACGCGUUCGACUUCAUCGGGAUGAUGUGCGCGGCCGCCACGUCUAAGACCUGCGCCUCCUGCAUCGCCUACCCGCACGAGGUGAUCCGCACUCGGCUGCGCGAGGAAGGUUCUCGCUACCGCACGCUGCCGCAGACCGUGUGCCUCAUAGUGAGGGAGGAGGGCUACCGGGCCCUCUACCGCGGACUCACCACCCAGAUGCUGCGGCAGAUCCCCAACACGGCCAUCAUGAUGGCCACCUACGAACUCGUGGUCUACCUGCUCAACGGCUGAGCCCGCGGCCGUGGGUCAAGCAUGGUCACUAGUCGGCGGCGCCAAUGAAAGAAUCGACGGCGAGAUGGGUUUUGGGAAGUGUCUGCUGACUAUCGAGGGGGUUUAGAGUGAUCAGGGCGGAUGAGAGAGAGAGAGAGGGCUGCAAUCCAGAGCAUCGAUUUGGCUCCCCCGUGAAGCUCUGUAAGUCACGCUGCUGCUGCGCGUGUGGCCACAGGAACGACUUGAACGUUUUUCUUUUUCCGAAAAUGGGAACGGCUGGAGGUGUGGCGAGUCAACUAAUGGUCUGUUAACGGAUGUGUGAGAUGGCAAGAAAAGUGUCACGUGCUACUGAAUAGGAGAGUGAAGUGUGUUGGUGGAACUGCACUGGUAUAUAAUUUAGAGAGUGAUAUCAAGAAAAUAAGACAAAAUCCUAGACCAUAUUGCUGCACCUAUUUUGAGUAAUAUUCAAAUCGAACUGGAUAUUCUUGCAUCUUUCUAUACAGAUGCACUUUGAGUUUGGUUAACUACGACAUGAGCGGCUGCCUACCUUUGACACGCCACAUUUUAUGAUGUGCAAUGACAGCAAAGAAAUUGCACCGCUUUGCAAGAGUGCAAAGUUUGUAAUGUUGCGAUGGAUUACGGUGUCACGUUGACGUGUGCAAUUGUUGGAGAUGCUUAUUUUAUAUCUCAAGAGUUUAUGGUUUGAUUUUGUAGAUACACGUGGCCAAAUUGCAUCAUUCCUUCAUGUAAACAUGGUUAAUGCGUAUAAAAAAAACAUUGUGUACAUAUUACCGUUGAUGCUGUUGUAUAGUAACUAUGUCAGAGUAGGUGGAAUUGAAUUCACGCAGAAAUCUAAUGUGUUUGGUUAUAAAUGUAUAUAUAUAUAAACUUGCGUACGUGUAAAUAUAUGUAUACACAUGUCGUGUACAGUGUAAGAUAUUGUAUAUCUACAACUAACGCGGUGUUUAAGAUGUGUUAACGUGAGGAAUAUUUUUUCUUACACAUUUCGUUGCGGUGUCAAAUCCAAUUUGGCUAUAACACUGACCUGGAUGUAUUACAAUACUUAAUAUCCCCCGUUUACACAUGCUGAAUCAAAUAGUAUGACAUUCUAUGACCUUAAACACACCGUGAAAAAGCUUUAAGGACACUGGCGAUUGCACUACCCGAGGUGACGUUCAGGUUUAAUCAAAUUUAGCAGUCACAAUAAAUAUGAUCCGUAAGGCGGCAUCCACCUUGUAUGAUAGUGGUUUGAAGUACAAGGGUUUGUGGUGAAUUCAGUUUAAAGCAAGAGGUAAUUUCUACAACAGGUAUUCUUUACAAACUGAGAUGUAGCAAAGAAAUAUGAAAGCUGUGACGGAGCAAAUGUAAAAAAUGUGCUAAAUGUCACUUUGCGAGGUCACUGCAAAACAAUGCCAACUUUUAUGUCCACAGAAUAAAUAAUCACUUCAAAUGAACACCAGUGUGCCAUCUUCAAUAUCGUCCAACAAAUCGCAAUUUAAGCAAGGUGUGACACUUGCACGAAAUUAAAUUUUAUAUUAAAGUUUAAACAAGUUGGGGUUGUUUCAUUGAUGAAAAAAAGCUGUCAUGUGACUGUUUUAACGGGCAAUCGUUUUCAAGUGCUGGUUGGGUUGAUAUAUUUAAAGCCUUGUACAGAGUAUGCCUUCCUGUCAAGGGUAUAUGAAAGUGGUGGUGUUUGUUUAGCAUUAACAUGUGGAAUUUUACCUCCGCAUAUAAAAUGUUUUUAUAAGCUGCAUUCGCACAAGCAGUGGUAUACUAACAGUAGUACAAGGAAUGGUUUGUGGUGUACGUUAACGUGCAGCCCAUAACAUAGAAAAAACAUGUGCUGUGAAUGUAUAUUAUAGAGUCGAUUGUGAAUAUGUAUUGUACAUAGCUUAGUUUUUUUCACAUUCUAUACUUGAUAAAAAAAAAAUCAUUACCAAAAGGCAUUCGGAAAGGCAUUUUUACAUGGAUCUCAAUGCUUGAUUUUAUUAUUUUAUUCUAAAUGUAAAAACAAAACUUUUGCGUUUUUUUUCAACACCUUGGAUGCAUUUCAUUCAGUAUUCAAAACACGAUAUUCACACCGCAUGUGGUGCGUUGUAACCUGUUGGUCACUUGCCAUGGUGCCACCGUGCGUCUCGUCCUGCCAAUCAAGCCGUUUGAUAUGUUGAUGAGCCUGGAAAAGAACGGGAACGCUGCCUCCAUCUCCGAGCUGCUCUGAUAGACCUCGACACGCACGACUGCUUAUGCAGUCUCACAACCAAAAACACACACACGUGUUUGAGUCUGGGGAGCGGUGGUGUGAGUGGACAGACUGGGGCUGUUGGCCACCUCGCGUUUGUGCACUACUAUUUCCGAGACAACAUUGUUAUUGUUUCAACUUAAAAUAACUUUUUACGCUUUUUUAUUUUUACCCCCAAGUUGAACCGAUCUAAACAUUUUUGCCACUUCACCGUCAUGGACGUGAAAGUGUUGUACCCCCAUCCACCCACCCACUGUUGGACAUUUCGUGUCGUUAUGUACAGCAUAUGAAAUUGGUCACAACAUUUAAAAAAGUUCGGAUUACUUUUAAACUUGGGACUGUUGAUCUCUUAUUCACAUUGGAGGUGAAACGUGCCACGUGCUAAACGUACACAUCUGACGGAGAAUGCCCAUCUCCGGCGGUACGUCGUGUACGUUUAGUCAUCACAUCCUUGAGCACAACCCUAGCUUCGGUGGGUGCGCGCCGCAACACUGCAUUGUGACUUUAAACAUCUCGAGGGCGUCUCCCUUUCUAGCACGGUCAACAAGUGCUCUCGGAGUGCCGCACCUAAAGUCACACAGCCUGGUGGUGCCUCAAGCGUAGGUUGCAGACAGCGACGUUGAACGUUCUCCGCGGUCGUGCGCCGAAUGAAUAACGUCCAUCACGGUUUCCAAUAGCGGUGGUGUUGUCGCGGCUUGCUGCUUAAAUGUGUGUUUUUGUUGAUAUGUUUUUGUCAUUUGUACGUUUUUCGUGCGUCCGGUGCUGUAAAUUAUUUUGAGGAAAACAUUUUGUUUGUUUACAAUUAAAUGAGACUAUGGUUCUGGCA